AUGGAGAGAAGUCGCGGAAUACCCGACCAGGAGAUGUUCCUGAGCAAACCCGCUCCAGGAGACGGUGGUGAUAGUCCUACUGUUGAGCCUUUGCGCAUUUUCAAACCAAAGAGUCCUGAACCAGCCGGCCGCAGCUCUGCAUCUCCUGCGAACCGUCCUUCGUUCCCUCUUCCUCCUGGUGCAUCAAGCUCUGCAGCACCGCUUCCCUUUCCAGACGACGACGAGGUGCGCAGGCCAACUCCGCCGAAGCCAUACGGUUCAGCUUACAACGACACGACACCUCGUCUGGACACGAGCCCUGUCGACAAGAGGCCCGGCUUGGCUGAGAGGCGGGGUGCUUCUCCCAAGGUUAUCAACUCACCUUCAAGCCCCGAGGCUGACCAAGGACUUUUUGCACGACCUUUGAAAGAACAAGCCCGUCCCAUACCGGCUGGUACAAACUAUCCAAAUUAUCAAAAGACAUACUAUCCGCCUCCAGGCGCCUCAACGACGGCUGGCUCGUCUAGCAAUGCCUCUUCCGGCUUACAGCCUCCUAAUGGAGACCAAUCCAACAUGGGCAACCAAGGUGUAAAUCGAUUCGCAUCUACAGCCUCAAACUCAACCACCCGAGCUAGCCGUGGCUCGCCACCCCCUCCCGAGACUCCCAUCGUCGAGCCUGGAAAUAUACCAGGCGGCGGCAUCGAAGCUCGUUACGCCGCCUCUGGUAUUUCCGGUACUGCCACACUCACCAGCCUACAAGCUCAUCAAGCCCAGAGCGCUGCUGCUGCGCAGAGAUUAGCCCAUUAUGGAAAUCAACCUCCUCCCCAACGUCCUUGGACUCCCACCGAGUCACCAGAUCAAGCUCCUUCGGGACCUCCAACAGUGUACCAAGGCUCCAACCCUGUCUCCAGCCCAGAGCAACGGCCAGGAGCCGUCUCGGCACCUCCACAGCAAGCUCAAGCGCUGAAUCCCGACCAGCAACAGAAUGCUCCCGUACAAGUCAGCGUUUUGGAGCAAGACUUCCAACGUCUUAGUACCAAGACUCCUCCUCCGGCCUACUCAAGUGUCAACCCCAACGGUGGGUCAGCAUAUCCAAAGGACAAGCAGCGACCCCAGCAGCAGGGCGCUACUCCUGGAACCACUGCUACUACUGCUGCCGCCGCUUCUGCUGCUACAACCGCGCGACCUAACACAACUCCUCCAACGGCUACCGCUGCUGUAUCGCCGCCGACUAAAGCAGCGGCGCUGGCCACCAAUGCAGGGGCAACUACUGCUGCCGCGACUGCCGGCUUGGUUUCGCCUGCUCUCCAACAUCCUGGACAUCCCGCCUUCGCGAACGAUCCCAGACCGGAGCAAAACGGACAGCCACUUCAGUCUGCGACUCCUAGCAUAUCUCUUCAAACUCAGACACCUGCGUCCCCUCCCCCAUUGCCAGAGGGCUGGAUUGCUCAUUUGGAUCAAAACUCUGGGCAAUACUACUACAUUCACCUCGCGACUCAAGCCACGCAAUGGGAGUUUCCCAAGGGACCGAAUCCCAUCCAGCAUGAACAGACGCCGCUUUCACCAACAACUUCUACGUAUGGGAAUCCCUUGACAUCUCCAAUGUUCGGCAAGCAGUCCAUGGCUUCACCCAUGUUCCCUCCGCAUACGCCGGGCUAUGCUGAAAGCAUUAUGAGUGUGGCUUCCCAGACUCCUACCGCUGCAGGAUUCACUGGUCCUCCUCCAAGCUCAGGAGUCGACAUGUACAGAAUCCAGCCAACGAAUGGAGUCUAUUUCGGCCCGUAUUUGCGAUAUGUCAAUAUGGAUGUUGAGAAUGGAGUUUGGCGCGGCAGCAUUCUCAUCGUUACCGAUGCGCCUCAGCCGCCAACAAUCCAUCUUCAUCUCAGCGUAGACCUCUCACCGAACCCGAGGCAGCUCGAACCACGAAACAUUUACACACAUCAGAGAUGGGCUUUUUACAAGUAUGAUCUCGAUUUGCAAAUGAGCGAAUCUGGUACAGAACGAUGGACGUACGCUGUGACCUCGCACCUGGGCUGUACAAGAUACGAGUUUGUGGUGGCAGGUCGACACGAAACUGCCUGGCGCUUCAUCGCACACUCUGGUAAUGAUUUUGCUGCUGGUACUUCCCAGAACGAACGAGCGCGCCUUGGGGGCGUUGGCUUUAUGUGGAAGGACGUUUUACAGAAGAACGUAGACUGCGGUGGGUUCCAUGUCCAACUUGGGCUUGGAGAUCAAAUCUAUGGCGACAGGUUGUGGAGAGAAGUUCCGUUGCUGAAGCAAUGGUUGGCAAUGAGCGGCAGAGAUAACAAAAAGAAUGUCCAGUGGACGGCACGUCAUGAGGAAGAUGUUGCGCAUGCAUACUUCCACUUCUAUACCAGCCACUUUGACCAGCCCUUUAUGAGGGAAGCGUUUGCUCAGAUACCACAUGUUUUGCAAAUUAACGAUCACGACAUUUUCGACGGAUAUGGCUCAUAUCCCGACUAUAUGCAAUCGUCGGCCAUGUUCAAAAACAUUGGCCGUAUUGCGACAGAAAUGUAUCUCCUAUUUCAACACCAUACGACGACCGAGAUUAUGCGAAAUGUCAGCACCGAUCAUGACAUCUUCACAAUUACCGGCACGGGCUGGCACUUUGUCAAGUUCCUUGGCCCUGCAAUGGCGGUGGUCGGACCAGACUGUCGGUCCGAGAGAACACAAGCCCGAGUCAUGGCCGGGCCAACCUACCAGGGCAUAUUCCCCAAAGUUGCAACUUUACCUCCCAGCGUGCAGCAUGUGAUAUGGAUGGUUUCCGUGCCCGUUGUAUAUCCAAGGUUGGACGGAGUGGAGAGCUUAGCCAAUACGGUUGCCGCCGGCAAAAAGUCUGUCAACACAACGUACAAUAUUCUCGGCAAGGUCACAAGCUCGGUUGCUGGCGUUGUAGGUGGUAAGGAGGUUGUCUCGCAGGGAUUUUCGCAAGUCAAGAAAGCGGUUGGCAAAACCGGUCUCAUGGGCAACGUGUUGAAUCAGUUUGGUGAAUUGGACAUUCAAGAGGUUUUGAAAGAUAUGUGGACGCACGAGACCAAAGACUUGGAACGAACUUACUUUAUUCGUACCCUACAAGGCAUUGCUCAGCAGAAAGGCAUCCGAAUGACCUUUUUGUCAGGUGACGUCGCAGCUUCUGGCGCGGGCUUGGUCCACGACCCGACACACCCCGCCGACCACAAGACAAUGUACCAGAUUAUUUCAUCACCAAUCGUCAGUGCUCCGCAAGGGGGCUACAUUUUGAAGCUUCUGCACAACCAAAAGACACUUUAUGUGCCCAAGAAUGGGCAAAAGUCAACGCAUGAGGUAUCCGAUACCAAGGAAGACAUGAUGGAGAUUUUCCACACGGAUGCCAGCGGUGCCACCCGUGAGAUGAAGAAGUUGAUGGGCCGAAGGAACUACGUGACGUUUGUGGCUUACGAUCAAGACGCAGCCAGUCAAGUCCCGUUUAGCCCGAAUCCCAGCAUCAGCAGCAGUCAACAGGGGCUGUCAAAGCUCAGUCUGGCCGUGGACUUUGUUGUCCAAGGUGACGGGGCGUACACGGCGACAACCAAGUACGGACCGGUGAUAAUUCCUCAUCUCGAGUUUGGGAGGUAA